GUAUUAUAUUAAGAACAAAGAGCAAGGUCACAUUUCAACAAAACUAAUACUGAUCGUGUAUUUUUAAGAUAAAUAACAUUCAUAAAGAUAUUACAGCGAUGAACUGAAUAGCAUGGUUUUGAAUGUCCUUGAACAAAAUUACACAAAAUGAAGUAUUGAGUUUAAACGAUAAUUUAAAAAAGCACGAUAGGGGUGAUGGAAAUGGUACAAUGUGAAUAAAAAACAGAAUAGCCGAAUCGUGUUUGCUUUAUUAGAUUGUAACAUGUAUAGAUAAGAUCUGGAAAAUAUAACGUGUAUGGACUUUUGUUAUUUAUGAAGCGGUACAUUCUUUUUAUCUCUAAAAUAGUUUCGUUUCUCUAAUGUAUUUUUGAACAGUGUUAAAGAUUGAUACAAUUUAUUUAAGUCGAGAGAUAAUGAACUAUUACCCUUAAUGAUGACACUGAUAGAAGGGAUACAGCUCUGGGAGAUCAGCAUGCAGGACAAACAAGGAAUCAACCCUACAUGAAUUAUAUAAGAUAAGGAUACGUACCAUCUUUUUCAAGAUAAAUUCAACGGGAUAGUUUGGUGAAUACAAGUCAAAUGGAAGUGCUCACCUGGUACAGAUAGGAAAAAGAAGUGUGUUAAAACAUAAGUUUUAUUUAGUGAUAUGCAUGUGAAGAAAGAAGAAUUAUUUUAAAGAGGAAAAGGAAUGGCAUCUCAACGUAACCUGAAAAUUACCGUCGUCGUUUUUCUCGUUACUUACACAUUGUUACAACUUCAGUUGAUGCAAAGUAAAGACAGGAUGUCGGCGUCUUCUGUACAACACUUACAUAACCAUGCAAUACUGACCGCGGCACCAAGCGUUACCGAGGGUACAAAAGAACAGACACGUUUGUUAGACCAUAGUACCCAGCAAAUGGACUCCACCACCGCCAUGAAUGUGCCAAUACAGCGAACCCAUUGUGGAGGCAAUGUCACAUUACUUCUGGGACACCAAAGACAAAAUCGAGGUUUUCUCACCAUAGGCCUAUGUACAGUACCAAGAUCUAAAGCUUCAUACCUUAAAGAUACACUUCAUUCAUUAGUAACAAGAAUGUCAGAGGCCGACAAGAAAAGAGUAGUAAUCGUUGUGUUUAUGGGUUAUCAUAAUGAAUCAAUAGCUGAAGAAACUCUACGAAUGAUUAAAAGCAACUUCAAUCACAGCUUGGUAACGGGAGGGUUACAAGUUGUGCAACCGGAUAUAGGCAUCUAUCCGAACUUCAGCAAGAUAACAAGAAAAACAUUCAAUGAUACGCUUCAACGUGUCCAUCGGAGAACAAAACAAAACAUUGACUUCGCCUACUUGUUUGGAUAUUGUGAGGGGAUUUCCGAUUAUUACCUGCACGUCGAAGAUGACGUUGUUGCCGCCACUGGUUACAUUUCAGAUAUUGAGACGUCUCUCUCCACCCAAGAAAGAUUACAAAAUCAGUGGUUUGUUUUAGAAUUCGGUGGUGGCUUCUUUGGAAAACUUUUCAGAUCACGUGACUUAUGUAUGAUGAAAACAUAUCUGUUACUCUUUCAAGUCGAAAAACCUGGUGAUUUGCUACUUUCAGAUUUAAAACUCAUAAAGUUACAUGAUUCUAAGAAAGUUAAAAAUGGAAAGAAACUGUUCAAACAUUCAGGAACGUAUUCUUCUUUAGAAGGUAAGAUUGUUAAAGAUAAAACUGCAAAGAAAAAGUUACCGAGGGAAAAUCCAUUACCGACGACAACUGAAAAGAUCUAUAUUUCGAGGUUAACUUCAAACCCAGAUGCAAAAAUUGAGACAUCAAUGAAAACAUUCUUAAACUUUACACCAGAAUCUGCCUAUGAAAUAAAUAAUACUGUCUAUUUUUGGGCAGCAGCGCCACAUGCUAGUGACUAUUACAGAGUAAUAUUGAAAACACCAGUGCUGUCCUCACGAGUGACAAUUCGGACAGGAGCACCGGUUACAGGAAAAGAUCGGCUGGAUUUCGCUGAAAUUUUCAUAAACAGAAAUUUUACUCGUGGCGGAAUGUGUAGAAACCAAAUGCCUCUUGGGAAACUAUCUUAUGGUAAAUUUGAACACAAGUUUUUGGUACCAGAGAAAAUAAAAUGUUUGGAAAUCCUCGUGACACAUGGACAAAAAAGCUGGGUUAUAAUAUCUCAAAUAGAAAUUGAAACGUGAUUUGACGGCACAAAUACUUCAGAUAACGCCAGACCAGCAGACGAAAGGAAGUUUACACUUUACAAGUCGUCAAUACCUUUCCGUUUUGUGAAGACAUAAACUGAAGCAUUCAGAUAACAAAAGCUCGGGACUUGGGUCAUAAAACUCUCACAUUGAAAAAAGAAGUUUUCAACGAUGGGGUACAAAGACUAUAACGAUAAAUCCAAGAAAAAUUGCCAGUUAAAACGUUUGUAAAUAAAUAUUUCUAGGCAAAUGCUGUAAUGUAAAUAUGUCCCAUCGUCAGACUUUCUGGAGACUCGGCAAAGGGGGUUGUACUUUAACUAAGUCAUGCAUUGUCUAAUAAACAGUUAAUUGUGCGACGAAGAGGCGAAUAUCACAUUGGUCAGAUCCAUAAAUUUACAUAUCAUGCAAGAUGCCUUGCAUGUCUACACUAAAAAGCAAUGUAGUAUGUAUCUAAUAAAAACUUUUGCUAGAAUUUUUAUUCACACAGACAACUUAUCUAUAUUAAUUACUCAUCUAGUAACUCUUUAGACGAACUAAAACGAUAAUGUACAGAAUAUAAAACUUUAGUAUUGUAUUUAGAUAAAUAAAAUGAAAUUUAAAGUAAUGAUACAGUGUUAUAUGGAUUGAAAACCACUUUAUGCGGUGAAUGUCAAUGUCAAUGGACCUCAAAUCGAUACCGACCAAUGUGACAAGUCGAAUUUUCACGCAAUUGAAUAAGAAUCACUGUACUGUAUGUAUUGCGUUUAAUUCUAUUGCAUUUAUUCCAUUAAAUACAAAGAAUGUGGG